AUGAAGAAAUCAAAUAGGUUGACUUAUGCUGUUUCUUCAGUUUUAUUACUUUUGGUGUGUGGAGUCUCUGCUGGGAUCCUGGUCAAGAUUAACUUCUUCCCAACAGAUUCCGUUGCCAAAAGUACCACUCGUUUGGUUGGUAGUGCUAAUUCUCCAGAGUCUAAGAGUGUUGUAGAAAUGGUGGACCUAGACCUGAACAAGAGGACAUUAACUAACUUUAAAUAUUAUGAAAAUAGUUUUGGAGUAAAAUUCGUAGUUAAAAAUGGCUUUGGAAUUAGGAGAAUCUUUGAUUCCACUAAACCGUUUGAAAUGAUCUAUUCCAGUGAUGAUCCUCUAGAAUAUGCCACUCAAGUUACGGUGAAUAAUUCGUUUAAACCAUUUGAAACUAACGUAAUGGUAUUACUUUCUAAUAAUAAAGUAAUAUUACGACGUCAAUCAGUUUACAAUUUCUUUGAGGAUUCUGGACUUGAUUUAAAUUUCUCAAAAUUAAAAUUUUAUAAUUCCAAAAAUCAUGAAUUAGAUUCCAAAAAAUUUAUGCCAAAUCUUUAUAAUCUUUCAUAUGGUUAUCAAUUUACCCAUACCCACACUUACACCAACACCCAUACUAACAAGGUUAAUGAAGAAUUUGUGACGAAAAUAGAGUUUAAUGGACGAGUAGUUUAUAAUUAUAACGACGAUGUAAAUUUUGGAAUACUUUCAGGAGUUUAUUAUGAUUUUAUGAAAAAUUCAUUUUUCUUGGUAAAUACUGGAAAUGAAACAAAAGAGUUGGUAUUUGGUAAGUAUAAAUUCUUGGAAUUAAAAUUACAAAGAGAAGAUAAGAAGUUAGUUGAAAAAGGUUACUUAGCAUCUCCUGGUACAGUGUUUAACAAAGUUUUUGAUGGAGAGAAUUUGGUAUGGAGUUCAGAAGAACCUAAUGAAUCUGCAGUUAAAGUUCUAGUGAAGAUGAAAUCAGAUGUAGAAAUGCUUGGAAUAAUCAUGCAGAAUGGUACAUUCUUACUCUUCCAAAAUUCUGAUAACAAAUGGGAUAAUAUCACACAACGAUUACUCUAUACACAACUUACACAUUAA